AUGGCGGCAUCACAGUUUACUUUCUCCUCCACCUCAAGAAGAGUUAUCCCAGCUCUAAACUCUCCUCCUCUUCCCAUAUACAUCAAAGCCACAAAUGUCGUCUUCAACCCUGAUAUACCAGAUGUUCAUCGCGGUCUUGGACUUGAUGAUUUUGUUAAUUUUCUAGUAUCUUGCAGACUUCGAAAUGCUGUCAGUGAGGUUCCAUCAGAGUUCUUUCCGAACAACACUAUUGGGUGUGGCCGUCGCUCAGUUUUCAUCAACGCUUAUCUCCUCCGUACUGCACUCAGGUUACCAAUUUUUGAACCAUUCUCUGAGCUUCCAAAUAUUGAACGUUGUCGACGCCUCUUUGACCAACUGGGCUAUGAUCACUCCAAGGCUGGUGCUCGACCAGCUCUCAUUCUACGUCAAUGUAUGACUCCUAGAUGGAAGUUCUUCACCAGGGCACUUUGUAAGUGUAUAGGCCAUAAAUCUCGCAGUGGUAAUCAACUGAGUUAUUUUGAGAAACAAGUGGUAUGUUCACUUCUCCUCAACAAACGUGUUGAUUAUGGGGCUUUCUUCUUCGAUCAACUUGUCCAGUUUCUUCGGGCCAAUGUAAAAGUUGAUCAUGUUCCGUUUCCACGCUGGAUUGCUCUUGUCCAGGAUAAAUUUUAA